AUGUAUUUGCCGGAAAAGGCUCGACCAAUCGAUUUCUACAAAGAGGAAGCCAGCCGGGACAUGAUGAUGGAGGUGGUGGUCUCGAACGAGGACCUUCCCCAAUCUCAAUCCCAAUCCCAAGCUCAUCUUCAACAGCCGCUGCCGCAACAGAUGCUUAUGGGUGACAGCAGCGGUGAGGACCACGAAGUGAGGGCGCCGAAGAAGCGAGCCGAGACUUGGGUGCAGGACGAGACCCGAAGCUUAAUAGCCCUCCGUCGCGGGAUGGACGGCUUGUUCAACACCUCCAAGUCGAACAAGCACUUGUGGGAGCAGAUUUCUGCGAAGAUGAGAGAGAAAGGGUUCGAUCGGUCACCGACGAUGUGCACGGACAAGUGGAGGAACUUGCUGAAAGAGUUCAAGAAGGCUAAGCACCAUGAUAGGGGAAGUGGGUCAGCUAAGAUGUCGUAUUACAAGGAGAUUGAGGAGAUUUUGAAGGAUAGAAGCAAGAAUACGCAGUACAAAAGCCCCACUCCCCCAAAGGUCGAUUCUUUCGUGCAAUUUUCAGAUAAAGGUAUUGAAGAUGCAAGCAUUUCAUUUGCACCUGUUGAAGCUAGUGGCAGGCCAACACUCAAUCUUGAAAGACGUUUGGAUCAUGAUGGUCAUCCUCUUGCCAUCACUGCAGCUGAUGCAGUUACAGCAGGUGGAGUUCCACCGUGGAAUUGGAGAGAAACCCAGGGAAAUGGUGUGGAGGGUCAAGCAUAUGGUGGUAGAGUCAUAUUAGUCAACUGGGGUGACUAUACUAGAAGGAUUGGUAUCGAUGGCACCGCAGAUGCCAUUAAGGAUGCAAUUAAGUCUGCUUUUAGGUUGAGAACAAAACGCUCCUUCUGGUUGGAGGAUGAAGACCAGAUAGUCCGAAGUCUUGACAGGGACAUGCCCUUGGGGAAUUACACUCUACAUCUUGAUGAAGGGGUGGCCAUCAAAGUGUGCCUCUAUGACGAGUCGGACCACAUACCAGUACACACAGAGGAGAAGCUUUUCUUCACAGAAGAAGAUUAUCGCGAGUUUCUGUCCCGCCGGGGGUGGUCGUAUCUGAGGGAGUUUGACGGGUACAGAAAUAUUGAAAAUAUGGACAACCUUCGCCCGGGUGCAAUAUACCGCGGUGUGAGUUGAGGGAACCGCGUUCCCUUCUCAAUGUAAUUGUGGAUGGUUAUGGACCCUUUUUUGUUCAGCGUUGCAGGUUAUGUAUCAUGGUAGAAGAAAGACGAUAUUAUAUUUGCACACUUGGCCUGCACUUUGCUGUUUGUAAAUACAAGUCUACUCUUCUACA